GCAUCCCCGCCGCCCACCCCCGGGAGCCGCGAUUGCCUGGGAGUCGCGGGAGGAGGAGAAACAGAGAGAGGCGCUGGUGGCCGCUCUGCCCGCGGGUGCGCGGAGCGCGGAAGGCGGAGCGCGAGGCUGGGUGGCCGCGGGCGUGUGUGCGCGCCUGGCCGGAGAGCUACGGGGCGGGGGACUCGCGCCCCGAGCGCCCCGCCUGGUUUUUCGCGCGGAGCCAGCGUCGCUGCUGCACAGACACACACCCACCGAGCUCCACCGAGUGCCCCGGAGCACCCGCCGCCCCCGCUGGCCGCAGCCGCUCCUCGGGCAGCGGGAUCCAGCUCCAAGUCCAGGGCUGGUGCGGCGCGCAGAGAACCUCUUGAUUUUUUUCCCCCUUCACUCCAGCCCUCUCUGGUCUGGGCGGCGGCGGCGACGGCGGCGGCAGGGGGAUGGGGGCUCCACGCGGGGAAAGGCGGGUGACGAUCGAGGAAGAUUAUUGUUCUUUUUAAAGGAUGCCUUCGCUUCUUACCAAUGCGGCUUCUGUGAACCUUUUUACUAGAGACUGCGAACCGGAGUGAGAUAUGUAAAGAAGGAAGGAAAGCUGCCUGGAGCUCCAGCCAGCCGGGCAGACCCUCCUCUCUGUGGAGGGGAGGGGGAUUUCCAACGACACAUCAUUGGCAAAAGGGACCUUUGCAAGAGAGGAGUCCUCUGAGGGAGCAGGGAAUCCCACAGCCCCCUGUGGCACAGGAGCCAGAGCUGCUGGCUGAGCAGAGCUGGGUCCGUGGGAGCUAGCUGAUGUGGCAAUGCCUAUUCCAGAGGAAUCCUGCUUCAGGUGACUUCCUUUCUAAGGACUCUAGCUCUGUGGCUCUGUCCAGUUCAAAAUGGCAGAAAAGGCACCACCUGGCUUGAACAGAAAGACAUCCAGGUCAACACUUUCUCUUCCUCCAGAACCUGUGGACAUUAUCCGAAGCAAAACAUGCUCUCGGAGAGUUAAGAUCAACGUAGGGGGCCUUAACCAUGAAGUCCUGUGGAGAACUCUGGACAGGCUUCCCAGGACACGCCUGGGGAAGCUCCGCGACUGUAACACUCACGAGAGUCUCCUGGAGGUGUGCGAUGACUACAACCUUAACGAGAAUGAGUAUUUCUUCGACCGACAUCCUGGAGCCUUUACAUCUAUUCUAAACUUCUACCGGACAGGGAAGCUCCACAUGAUGGAGGAAAUGUGUGCGCUCUCUUUUGGCCAAGAGCUUGAUUAUUGGGGCAUCGAUGAGAUCUACCUAGAGUCCUGCUGCCAAGCCAGAUACCAUCAGAAGAAAGAGCAGAUGAACGAAGAACUGAGGAGGGAGGCGGAGACCAUGCGUGAGCGUGAGGGUGAGGAGUUUGAUAACACGUGCUGCCCUGAGAAACGGAAGAAACUUUGGGACUUGCUGGAGAAACCUAACUCGUCCGUGGCUGCAAAGAUCCUGGCCAUCGUGUCUAUCCUGUUCAUCGUUCUUUCCACCAUUGCUCUGUCUCUCAACACACUUCCAGAGCUGCAAGAAAACGACGAGUUUGGGCAACCCAGUGACAACCGGAAGUUGGCACACGUAGAGGCUGUGUGCAUUGCUUGGUUUACCAUGGAGUAUCUUUUACGAUUCCUGUCCUCACCAAAUAAAUGGAAAUUCUUUAAAGGCCCACUGAAUGUCAUUGACCUUCUGGCCAUCUUGCCAUACUAUGUAACCAUCUUCCUCACCGAGUCUAACAAAAGUGUGCUGCAGUUCCAGAAUGUUAGACGAGUGGUCCAGAUCUUCAGAAUCAUGCGUAUCCUCAGGAUACUGAAACUCGCCAGACACUCAACGGGCCUGCAGUCUCUGGGCUUCACACUCAGGCGAAGUUACAAUGAGUUAGGUUUAUUAAUAUUAUUUCUGGCCAUGGGGAUAAUGAUAUUUUCCAGCUUGGUGUUUUUUGCUGAGAAAGAUGAAGAUGCUACCAAAUUCACCAGUAUCCCUGCAUCAUUUUGGUGGGCCACCAUCACCAUGACCACUGUGGGCUACGGUGACAUUUACCCAAAAACACUGUUAGGAAAAAUCGUGGGUGGUCUCUGCUGCAUUGCAGGAGUCCUGGUUAUUGCCCUUCCUAUACCCAUCAUUGUGAACAAUUUCUCUGAGUUCUAUAAGGAGCAAAAACGCCAGGAGAAAGCUAUUAAAAGGAGAGAGGCUCUUGAAAGAGCCAAAAGAAAUGGCAGCAUCGUUUCUAUGAACUUAAAGGAUGCCUUUGCUAGAAGUAUGGAACUGAUAGACGUGGCUGUGGAGAAGGCUGGAGAGUCAGCCAAUACCAAGGACUCAGUAGAUGAUAAUCACCUGUCUCCAAGCCGGUGGAAGUGGGCCAGGAAGGCGCUGUCAGAAACAAGCUCCAACAAAUCUUACGAGAAUAAGUACCAGGAGGUUAGCCAAAAAGACUCCCACGAACAUCUGAACAAUACUUCUUCCUCCAGCCCACAGCAUCUGAGUGCCCAGAAGCUGGAGAUGCUGUACAAUGAAAUCACCAAGACACAGCCUCAUUCCCACCCGAAUCCAGACUGCCAAGAACAGCCUGAGAGGCCAUCUGUGUAUGAGGAGGAGAUAGAAAUGGAAGAGGUGAUCUGCCCACAGGAGCAGCUGGCUGUGGCACAGACCGAGGUCAUCGUGGACAUGAAGAGCACCUCCAGCAUUGACAGCUUCACCAGCUGUGCCACGGACUUCACAGAGACUGAGAGAUCACCCCUGCCACCACCCUCUGCCUCUCAUUUGCAGAUGAAGUUCCCCACGGACCUCCCAGGAACAGAUGAGCACCAAAGAGCCAGGGCACCUCCAUUCCUUACACUAAGCAGAGAUAAGGGGCCUGCUGCCAGGGAGGCUGCAAUGGAUUAUGCCCCAAUUGACAUAACUGUGAACCUCGAUGCUGGGGCUUCCCAUGGUCCUUUGCAACCUGACAGUGCCAGCGACAGCCCUAAGAGCUCGCUGAAAGGGAGCAAUCCCCUCAAGUCCAGAUCCCUCAAAGUGAACUUUCAGGAAAACAGAGCCAGUGCACCACAGACCCCGCCCAGCACAGCCAGGCCACUGCCAGUAACCACAGCUGACUUUCCGCUCACCACUCCCCAGCACAUGAGUACCAUCCUUCUAGAAGAAGCCCUCCCCCAGGGACAGCCUCCCUUGCUGGAGGCUGAUGAUUCGGCACACUGUCAGGGACCAUCCAAAGGUUUCUCCCCACGAUUUCCCAAGCAAAAACUGUUUCCUUUCUCUUCUAGAGAAAGGAGGAGCUUCACUGAAAUAGACACUGGAGAAGACGAAGACUUCUUGGACCUCCAAAGGUCAAGACCAGACAAGCAAGCAGAUCCCAGCCCCAACUGCUUAGCAGAUAAGCCUGGCGAUGCCAGAGACUCUUUAAGAGAAGAGGGCUGUGUGGGUUCCUCCUCUCCCCAGAACACAGACAACUGUAGGCAAGACAUUUACCAGGCUGUGGGUGAAGUCAAAAAGGACAGUAGUCAAGAAGGUUACAAGAUGGAGAACCACUUGUUUGCCCCAGAAAUUCAUUCCAACCCAGGAGACACAGGUCACUGUCCCACUCGUGAGACCAGCAUGUGACAAAAGCAAUAAAAGAAAAAAAAAAAACUGUUUCUUAAAAAUGCGAUUAAUAAUGCCGUGAACUAAAAUUUGAGAAACCCCUCCCCCUAAUAUCAGUGCAUAAAAUAUUAUUUUUGCAUGGCAUGAACAGUAUAGUUUAAGUACUGUUUAAAUAAAACCGAGUCCUGAAUAGCGAGCAAAUAAAGUGCUCUCUUAGGAACCAGUGCUCAGCCAUGUCUGACAUUUUUGCUCCUUUCAUUUCCAAUAGCAGGCAGGUUUUGGAGUUUUAACUCUUACCUCCCAGUGAACUUUAGAAUUUGCACAUGAAAGGAUGAAAUGCUGUUGCAUGUGUUCAUGCUUACGGGGAGAAAGGUGCUUUCAGCUUGCAAAACUUUGCAUAACUUUGUAAAUAGGCCUGGAUGUAAAUGUGCCUCAAACAUGUGGACAUGCCAUUUCUGAGACACAGGUACCUCCUUCACAGCUACUGCCUGAAGGAGCUGUCCAGACUUCCUGUUGCAAAAUUGUAACCUCUUCUUAACCCAUUUUGUGUAUCUUGCUUUGGAUUAUAAAGCUCUUAGGUUUGUUUAAAGGAAUACAGUAUUUUUAUUUUUAGGAUAUAAUUUGGAGGGUAUAUUUAUAUGUAUUUUCACUUAUUUGUGAUACAGUUGACAGGGUAUUUUUUCUUUUCUUCUUUUGCUUUGUUGUUGCAAUUGUGAUGUUCUUAUAAAUCAUGGAAAUUAGUAAGAUUUAAUGACCAGAUAUCAAGUAUUUGGAAUUUAAGCUUGAGCUUUUACCUAUAAACUAAAUAUCAUGUCAUAGAUUAUUACAGAAAUUCAGUUUACAUAAAGCUGAAAAUGUACAGAAGGUUCUAUUAUAAAAUAAAACUUUUAAUUGGUACUCCACAUUCAGAAAUCACCUUUAAAACAAUGUGUGCUUCAGCACUCCAAACAUGGAUCGUUUGCUCUGCUGUCCAACAUACAAAUAAAGAGCUGCUAAAAAUGGAGAUUCUAUAAAACGACUUUUAAGAAAAUAAAAGUAGAGCCCCAUAAGAGACAAAGCUGGUCCCAGCAUGAGUUUCCGUGCUAGGAGACCAGGUCUGGGCGACUAGGGUAGAGGCCUAGGAUGACAGUACAAGGUGCAGAAGAAUGUCCUUGUAGACGUAAGUCCUUCCCAAGCAUGGCCAGAACACUCAGUAACUGCAGCAACCCUACAAGCUUCCUCAUGUUUUCAAGCCUGGAACCUCUCAAGGAGGACUUUCCUUGCUAAAAGUCAUGCCAGGCAUUUUCUUACUGAGAACACCAAAUCCAGAGGCACUGAGCACAGGGGGUUACCCUGCUCACCAGACUCACCUUGCUUUGUGGAAAUCAAAGCUCCAGCUACUGAUGAGAAGCUGCCAGCUGUGCAGUCUCCAGGAUGUCUCCAACCUCGUGGGAUCUCACUUGCAUCCAAAGGAAAACAGUCCAAAUUAUUUCUAAGCCUACUUAAGAUCUCAAAUUAAUGAUUUCUUAGUUUCCUGGCAAUGCUCAGGUUUUGCGGCAGCAAAAUGCAUUUCGUGCAUGUGUGUAUAUAGUUCAGGGAAAUGGGAAACUAACAGCACAAACUACAAAGUGUAUUGUUUAAGGGGGGGGGGAUCUAAAUUUUGUUCUUUAUUCUUUAAAGGAAAAAUGUUUACAAAAAUAGCCCAAAUAUUUAGAAUCUAAUAUAAGUCUUGAAUAUUUCUUAACAGGAUCUGGUCAUUAAAUCUCAAAUAAGGAAAUGAAUUUUGAUUUUAGUUAAAAUUCAAGCAGUCCUGAUAUUAAGAAUAAUUCAAAGUAUUUCUUUUGUCCCAUUGUGCUUAGGAUUUCUUAAUGGUUUUUAUGUUUGUUCCAAAACAAAACCUUUAAGAGUUUAUACUCAUUAAGCAUUGAUAUUUAUAUUAUGCAUACUUCUUUUUGUGUCUAAAAACUAAGUGUUGAUCAGUUUUUGUAAAUCUAGAGUAUUUGAAUUUUCUAUAUAUAGUUUUACAAAGUCAAGCAGGUCUAUCUAUUGUUAAAUGAAUAGCAAAUAAGUUACAAAGAUCAUUUUCUUCAUACAGCCUCAUGAAGCAGUUAUUUUCUAAGGUCUCUUAUCAAUGAAUCUAUUUUUUUUUAUUCAUUUGGCUUAUUGCCAUAUGACCAGUGUCUCACGUUCCAUGUCUGUCAGGCCUUCUAUUUAGCACCCCGCUCCAUAAUGCUUAUGAUGGGGACCCUUUACCCAGGCUCUGCUGUUUUCCCUGGAAGCAUUUUUCUGAAACCUCUCCCUUUCAUUCUCAGAGAUUGCUGUUUAUUUCAUUUUUAUAUUUUAAAGAAUUGUUUUUAAGUCCUUGGAAAUUUCAUACUUUGAGUCUUUCUAGUUCCUCUGAGACAAAUGUCUUCAGGUAGGAGAAACAAAUGAACACUUUCCUCUAAGAAAUCUUCAACUGUGCUGUUUCACAAGGAGGUAUUUCCCAGAAUGCACCUAUGAGUCCCUUCUAAACUUUGGCAAAUGGCGUCAAACUCAGAGGAGAACAUGUAAGUCUGGAAAGACCUGGAUACAUCUGUCAAGCGGAGUUCUUUUUGAAGUCUUUUAUGUUCUACAUUAAAAGUCCAUGGCCAUGCUGCAACUUACUCCAUGACAUAUAUGUUUCAGAAUUUUAAAAUGCUGUUUUAUAUUAUGUAUCAACUAGUAAAACUGACAGUCUUAUGACUUCAAAUACCUCUUUUGUAUACCUUGGAAAACAUCACCCAAGUUUAGGUAGGACUACCUGAAGGGGCUAUUGGAAGGUUGUACUUCCAAGAGUUCAUUUCACCAUUAGCUAGCUGAGUGACCAGGGAUAAAUUCCAAUGAGAAAGAUUAUUUCAAUGGCUUCAAAAUUACAUGAUCCCUCGAAUGGCCAAGCUGUUUCUGCUGGGUCUCUUAACCAGUGCAAAUUGCCCAAGAUGUUUUUAAUUUCAAAGAUAAGAGCACUGAAACAGGUAUACAUUGAGUCCUGGGAUACUGCUCAAUGGUAGAGGACCUUCCUAGAAUGUAUGUCACCCUGAUUAAUCUCCAACACUGUAGAAGACAAAAACGAGGGAGACAGGAAGAAAUGAGGGACCUAUCUGUCUUAAGUAGGUCCACACAUACACCAAGUGGAUCCCUGAAAUUGACCUAAUUGUUCUCUAAACAUUUCACUAGAAAUGCCCUCACUCUGACACCGUCAACUGCUUUGAAGCAAUGUAUGAGUAAGCAGUACCAUGAUGAGACCAGAUCUAAUAGGAAGAGAGAGUCAGUGACCAGUGUCCAUUCCCAUUAUUCUCUUAUUAACAUUCUUAUUCCCAUGCUAGCCACGGAAAUUUUACAUUUUACAAUUUAUUUUAUCUUGAAAUUAUAAAGAUUCGAGGGGGGGUUAGCUUAGGUAUGUUCUUUCUCAACAGUGCUCAGAAUUAUCAGUAAAGACAGAGAAGUCUGCUCUUUGUUCUAUUCCACCCAGGUCACUGGUGAGUGGCCGACCUUGACCUCACACACACCAUCUGGCUCUAAAUAUGGCAUCCUAAUGUAUCACUGGAAAGGGUGUUCAAUGGCUAAAACCAUGUAAAUAGAAAGCAUAUUGCUAAUAUGAAUGUUUUAUUUUAAAGUAGCAAAUCUGUGGGGUAGUAAGAGCUAAGAACCAAGUUAGGCACUUAUGUCUGCCAGUUGGGAAUUCUGUCAAUAGCAUACAUGGCCUUUCUCUCAAGAGAAGACUCCAGUAUUUGUGAUGUGAAGUGGCACAUACAUGAGGCAGAAGUCUAUAGAAAGCCACUUGAUCUUCCUGAACAAAAUCAGACAGAGCUAAAUCCAAUUCAGACUAAAAUGCAUCAUUUAUUGAAUGUCAUCACUAUUUUGCUGUUUACUCAUUCGAUCAACUCUAGAUGAAUAUCUCCCUCUUCCAUGCCAACCACACAAGGGUUCAGUUCUCUUCCCUGACAAGGACAGAUUCAGCUCUUAGCCUCAUGAAGCCUCCUGACACUCUUGCUGGCUGCACCAUUUCUGGGAACCUGAAGAUACUUGUGGUUACUGAAAAAGGUCUCCUAUCAGGCAGAAAAAAAAUCGCCCAAUGAUCUCAUCAGAGACUCAUAGAACAUACAUAAAUUAUCUCACUUUUCCAAAGACCUAUUUUUUUAAGAAAUAGUUGAACUGAAUAAAGCCUAAUUUAUAAUCACGUUUGAUCAAGUUUAUUUUUCAUGCUUGAAAAAGCAAAUUGUUGAUCUGAUUACAUGAGGUCAUAAACUAUCUUUGUUAUCUGGUAAAUUAAAAAAUAAUAUUUUAUGGUUGGUAAUGAACCUUAGUGGUAGAGUAUUUUGUCUGCAUUAAGCCCCGGGUCAAUCCCCAGUACCGAAACAAAAAAAAAUUAUUUUAAUUAGAUAUAUUUCUUAUCAAAAUAGCUAAUAAUAAUCUGUCACAAGUAACUAAAGCAAAAUUUAAUACUAGUAGGAAAGGACUAAAAAAUUUUACAUUUAUGAAUAAAUUUUAAAACAGCAUUUUAGUGCUUUUCUUCCUGCAGUCUCUUGGCAACGUUACAAGAAUAUAUACCUCACUCAACCCUCUAAAUUCUUAACAUUUAAAAGUCAACAUUCAAAAGUCCCUUGGUUUGGCUCAAAAAUUUAAUCACUAGGUCUAUGGAGAUUUGAAAGUAUAUUUGGUUAUUUUGCCACUGCAAUGUCUUCCUCAAAGU